CUUCUCUCAAGCUCAACUUUCAAUCAAACCUCCCGUUCUACCAAUUCCGUUGGCCAAUCUGCACCAGGAAACUCUAUCGCAGCUUAGCCCUAAUUCAUACCUCAACUAUGCCGCCAUUCAAUUACAACCCAGAAAAGGAUGUCCCAGACCUAACUGGCAAAUCAAUCUUCAUAACAGGAGGAACAAACGGCCUAGGCGCAACCUCAGCAACCCACCUAGCUAAACACAACCCAUCCCACAUCUAUAUAAGCGGCCGCAACGAAGCCCGCGCCUCAGAAACAAUAAGCCAAAUCCAAUCCACAAACCCGCAAAUCCAUGUAACGUUCAUAAAAUGCGACCUUACCUCCCUCGCCUCAAUAAAACAGACCGCCGAAACCUUCCUCUCGCAAUCCCCAUCCCCAAAACUAGACAUCCUAAUGUGCAACGCCGGCAUAAUGGCCGUCCCACCAGGUCAAACAACCGACGGCUACGAAAUUCAAUUCGGAACAAACCACCUUGGUCACGCGCUGCUUAUCAAGAAACUCCUUCCACUCCUCCGGGCCUCGUCUGAUGAUCCCCGGAUCGUCAUCCUCACCUCACAGGGCUGGUUUCUCCACCCGCGCGGCGGGAUCAUGUUUGAGACGCUGGAUACAGAUCAGGAUAAGUGUUUCCUUGGUCCGUGGCAGCGGUAUGGGCAGAGUAAGCUUGCGAAUAUGCUAUACGCGCGUGAGCUGGCCAAGAGGGUAUCUGGGCUUAAGGUUUUGGCUGUUCAUCCUGGUGUUGUGAACACGGGGUUGGUUGAUGCGAUGAGUUUGAAGAAUCGGGCUGUUGUUUAUGCUACUGCUUGGUGGAGGUUUGUGAAGCCUGAGGAGGGGGCGUAUAAUCAGGUUUGGGCUGCUACUGUUGAUUUUGUGGAGUGGGAGAAUGGAAAGAAUGAAGAAAAGGGGGUUGUUAAUGGGGGCUAUUAUGAGCCUGUUGGGAAGUUUAUGGAUGGGAGUUUAGAUUCUGUUGCUUUGGAUCGGGAGGGGGCGCUUGCGGGACGGUUGUGGGAGUGGACGGAGGAGGCUUUGAAGGGGUUUUGA